GGAAAAAAACUCCUACCAUCCUCUUCCUCCUCUCUCCACUUUGAUUCCGACAAUUAUCUCGUUGGAUCCCGCCAUCAAGUCUUUAAAACCGCCAAAAAACCCUAAUUACUCCUCUUGAAACAAAAUCUCUCAUCCAAUGAUAGAGAAACCCUAACAAAAGCAAAGCAAAAUGCCCGAGGACUCCAAACAGAAAGGGGCGGACUCUGGUGAUGAUCAUGAUAUCUACAACAUCGAAGCUGCUGAGAUUCUCGCGAGCGAAGCCCAGCUUCUUCCUAUAUCGGAGUCCGCGCCGAUUUAUGAGGUGUUUGCUUCAUUUUUUUUAACUGCAGCAAAAUACUGGAAACAGUAUGUGGAGGCGUACAUGGCUCUAAACAACGAUGAGGCUACAAAGCAAAUAUUCAGUCGGUGUUUACUGAAUUGCCUUCAAAUCUCUCUUUGGCAAUGUUACAUCCGCUUCAUUAGGAAAAGCAAUGAAAAGAAAGGAGCUGAAGGUUUGGAGGAAACAAAGAAAGCUUUUGAUUUUAUGCUGAGCUAUGUUGGCACUGACAUUGCAUCAGGACCUGUAUGGAUGGAAUACAUUGCCUUUCUGAAGUCAAUGCCGGUUUCGACUGCUCAAGAAGAGUCGCACAGGAUGACAUCUGUAAGGAAAGUGUACCAAAGAGCAAUUAUUACUCCAACCCAUCAUGUCGAGCAGCUAUGGAAAGACUAUGAGAAUUUUGAGAACUCAGUUAGUCGUGCUCUGGCAAAAGGUUUAUUAUCUGAAUGGCAACCCAAAGUUAAUAGUGCGAGGGCUGUUUACAGAGAACUGAAAAAAUAUGUAGAUGAAAUUGACUGGAAUAUGCUGGCCAUUCCACCAACAGGAUCCUGCAAGGAGGAGCAGCAAUGGAUGGCAUGGAAGAGAUAUUUGGCCUUUGAAAAAGCUAACACGCAAAGGAUUGAAAGUGCAUUCGCCAAUAGACGCAUUACCUUCACCUAUGAGCAGUGUUUGAUGUACCUCUACCAUUACCCUGAUAUAUGGUAUGAUUAUGCUACGUGGCAUGCAAAGAAUGGGUCUCUGGAUUCUGCAGCCAAAAUUUUUCAGCGUGCUUUAAAGGCUCUUCCUGAUUCCGAUUUGUUGAAGUAUGCUUUUGCGGAAUUGGAGGAAACACGGGGUGCAAUUCAGCCUGCCAAGAAAGUAUAUGAAACUCUUGUUGGUAGCGACAACACUGCAACAUCACUUGCACACAUUCAGUUUAUUCGGUUUUUGAGAAGAACCGAAGGCGUCGAAGCUGCUCGCAAAUACUUCUUAGAAGCUCGAAAGGCACCAAGCUGCACGUAUCAUGUAUUUGUUGCUUAUGCUAAGAUGGCAUUUUGUCUCGACAAAGAUUCAAAGGUUGCACACAAUGUUUUUGAAGCAGGAUUCAAAAGAUUCAUGCAUGAGCCUGGUUACAUCCUUGAGUAUGCAGAUUUUCUUUGCCGUUUAAAUGAUGAUAGGAAUGUUCGUGCUUUAUUUGAACGAGCCUUAAGCUUGCUUCCUCCAGAAGAAUCUGAAGAGAUAUGGAAACGGUUUGCACAGUUUGAGAAGGCGUAUGGAGAUUUGUCAAGCAUGUUAAAGGUCGAAGAAAGGCGGAAGGAAGCUCUGUCUAGGACAACAAGUGAUGAUGGUUCGUCCUUAACAGAGUGUACAUUGCACGAUGUAAUUUCACGUUACAGUUUCAUGGAUCUUUGGCCCUGCUCGUCUAAGGAUUUGGAUCAUUUGUCAAGACAAGAGUGGCUUGCAAAAAACAAUAAGAAGAAAGUUGACAGGUCAACUCUAAUAAAUGGGACCAGUGCCCUCGACAAAGGAUCCUCUGAACUGUUGAACACAAAGGCAGGCCUUUCUUCUUCAAAAGUCAUUUACCCAGAUACUUCUAGGAUGAUCAUAUACGACCCUAGACAGACAAAUGAUGUGACAGCACCUGAGGUCCCAGCGAUUUCCAACCCUAGUAAUUCUGCUGCUGGUCUUGCUUUAGUUAGCUGCGGAAACACGAAGGCUGUUGAGGAGAUCUUGAAAUCGAUGUCGCCAGCAUUAGCAGCUUUUGUUACAAAUUUGCCAGCAGUUGAAGGCCCAACCCCAGAUGUGGAUUUGGUGCUGUCUAUUUUGCUGCAGAGUAACAUACCAACUGGGCAGGUUGGAAAACCAGGUUCUACUCAGCAAGCAGCAGCUGGUACUGCUCCCAGUACGAGUGACCUUUCAGGUUCUAGCAGGAGCCGGCUAAAUCCAAAUGGAUCAUUACAUAGACCUCAAUCUGGAAAAAGAAAAGAUCUAAACAGGCAAGAAGAUGAUGAAACCUCGACAAUACAGAGCCGACCGCUACCCAGAGACGUAUUUAGAAUGAGGCAGAUUCAGAGGGCUCGAGGUGUCAGUAACUCACAAACGGGAUCUGCAGCCUCUGGUGGAAGCGCAUUCUCCGGUGACCAAUCCGUUAGCACCGAUUAAUUAUUAUGUUGUAAUCUCACAGAUCUGUAUCGUUUCAAAAUAUCAGUAAUUUUUUAAGGUUACGUUAAUGGAAAAAAUGUCCUCCGGUUUCAUCACUCUUUAUGUAUGGGAAAAGCUUGCCUCCCUCUUUGUUAAAUAUUUUCAUUUUCAUUCUUUGUUCCUUGUUGUGGUCUACAUUAUUAAGAUAUAUGCAAAAGAUUCGUGUUUCUUGUUCA